AGCAAAAUCAACUUCGAACUUAGCCCAUCAUCUAUUCCGUACCCUCCAACAUGAAGGCCCCCAUCCUCUGGACCCUCGCCGCUCUGGCGGUGUCGGCGAACGCCUUAUGUGACGGCACACCCGACGAUAGCUGGAGGCACAAGGGCUCUUGCAACGUCUCCGGCGAGCCUCCUUGUAACGAGCGUUGCAAGGCUGAUGGAUGGCGCUGCGGGGGCUGCGGUGGCUUCCUCUACGCCGACUGCUGGUGCUGCGAUAACGAUUGUGACGCCAAACACUGAUGGGAGACGAUAACUUCGGCUUAGC